AUGGACGGAUUGAUGAACUACAUGAGUGAUCUCGGGUUAGAUCUGGAAGAUUUAGUGACGAUAUGCCUUACACAUUUGUUACACUGUAAAAAUAUCAAAGAUGACAUCACGAGGGAUCAGUUCUUGGGGAAUUGGUUCUUACAGGGCUGUUCUGACAUUGCACAGAUGAAACAAGUCUUGGUUGAUUUGAAUGAUAAACUACACAGUGACAAGCAGUACUUCAUUGAUAUUUACAAUUAUACUUUCGGCUUGAUCACUGAUCCAGAUAAGGAUUUAGAGGUAGAAACUGCAGUUGCAUAUUGGAAAUUAUUCUUACAGCCUAAAGAAGGGGAAUUCCCAGUUAGAGUAGACCCGACACUACUGAAUCUUUGGUUCCAAUUCCUAGAUGAGGAAAACAAGAAAUUCAUCACCCAAGAUUACUGGCAUAUGUUGGUAGUAUUCUUCCAGAAAUUCCCCAAUUUGAACGUAAUAAAGGAGGGAUACGAUGAAACUGCAGCAUGGCCAUACAUCAUCGAUGAAUAUUACGAAUAUUUGCAGGAUACAAACCACAUAUAA